AUGUUUUCAUUUCUAAACAACAACACAAAAGAACCACUACCACCAGGUCCUAAACCACUUCCCAUAAUCGGAAACCUCCACCAACUCGACAGCUCCAACCUCAAUCUCCAACUAUGGAACCUCUCAAAGAUCUACGGCUCCAUAUUCUCCCUUCAAAUAGGGUUCAAACCAGCCAUAGUUAUCUCCUCACCGAAACUCGCAAAGGAGGUUCUCAAAGACCAUGAUCUUGACGUUUCAAGCAGACCUCCGUCGCUCGGAACCACUAGACUCUCUUACAACGGUUUCGAUUUGAUUUUCUCUCCAUGCAGCGAGUACUGGAGAGAAAUCAGGAAGAUCUGCGUCGUUCAUUUCUUCAGCUCCAAGCGAAUCUCUGGAUUCUACCACAUCAGAAAAUCUGAAGUGGAAAGAAUGUUAGGCAAGAUAUCAGAGCACGUGAGUUCUUCGAAAACCACGAAUCUGAGUGAGAUAUUGAUGUCCGUGUCGAGUUCUAUAGUGUGCAGGAUUGCGUUCGGAAGAAGAUAUGAAGUUUAUAUGGCAAGAAACCAUUCAGAAGAUGAAGAUAUUGAAAAGCUUGUUUAUCUGAAAGCAGUGAUCAAAGAAACAUUAAGAUAUUAUGCACCUGCACCAUUGGUACCAAGAGAAUUCAACAAAAAUAGCAGAAUAGCAGGGUAUGAAAUUGAAGCCAAGACGAUAGUAUACGUAAAUGUGUUUGCCAUCCAUAGAGACCCUGAAACUUGGAAGGAUCCAGAAGGGUUUAGUUUGAUUACAUUUUAAAAUGAAUUGAUUUCUCAAACCAAACCAAAAUUCCAAACCAAUUUGAGUAUAAAUAGUUUAUUGAGUUCAUCCACCAUGCCUAAGCUACUGCUAUCUUAGAUUUUGUCCCCCCUUAGAAAUUCCAAUUAACUCAGCUUACUAAUCAAGUCUCAUUCAACAAAGAUUAAUCACUUACAGGUUACAGCAGUAAUAGCAGUAAAGUAUAAUAAUGUUUUAGCAACAAGGACCAUUCAACAGCAUUAUAAUAAAACGUUAAAUGAAUAAUAUAAAACAAUGGUGAGGUCAAUUUUACAUUGUCACGCAUAACGGUUCUCUUUCUCCAAU